AUGAAAAUGAUGCAAAGUGCGGCUGUGUUGCCCAGCGAGAGCGCGGUGAAGGGUCUGCCGGACAUUCUCGGAGUGUCACUGCAACAGAUUCCCCAGUGUGCAGGCUGCAGUCAACACAUCCUGGAUAAGUUUAUUUUGAAGGUCUUGGAUCGUCAUUGGCACUCUAAGUGUCUCAAGUGCGCCGACUGUCACGCGCUCCUGGCAGACAAAUGUUUCUCGCGCGUGGGGAAUGUCUACUGCAAAGAAGAUUUCUUCAAGCGUUUUGGGACGAAAUGUGCAUCGUGUCAGCAGGGGAUCCCUCCAACACAGGUGGUUCGGAAAGCUCAAGACUUUGUGUACCACCUCCACUGCUUUGCCUGUGUAAUGUGCAGCAGACAGCUGGCCACCGGAGAUGAGUUCUACCUCAUGGAGGACGGGAGGCUCGUGUGCAAGGAGGACUAUGAAACAGCUAAACAAAAUGAUGAUUCUGAGACAGGAGCAAAACGUCCACGGACCACCAUCACAGCCAAACAGCUGGAGACCCUCAAAAGUGCUUACAAAAAUUCACCGAAGCCAGCGCGACAUGUGCGCGAGCAGCUCUCAUCAGAAACUGGUCUGGACAUGAGAGUGGUGCAGGUGUGGUUUCAAAACAGGCGAGCAAAAGAGAAACGUCUAAAGAAGGAUGCAGGGCGACACCGCUGGGGCCAGUUCUACAAAAGUGUCAAACGCAGUCGAGGGUCCAGUAAGACAGAGAAGGAGAGUUCGGCUGAUGAUGCAGGACUUAGUGAUAGUGAGCUUAGUUUCAGAGAAGACCAGAUCUUGUCUGAACUGGGGCAUGCAAAUGGCUUGUACGGAAGCAUAGGAGACAUCACAAAUGGCAACAUGCUCAACGGAAGCUUUUCCCUGGAUGGGGGCGGACAGCCUUACCACGACUUAAGGGCAGGAAGUCCCUACGGCCUACCACAGUCCCCCUCAUCCAUCACCUCCCUACCAGGCCACACCCCGCUGCUCAACAACUUAGGCUUCAACAUAGACGGCAUAAUGGGUCAGGGUGGUCAGCCUAAUGUAGGUCAAGCUCUGAGAGCCAUGGCCGGGGGACCGACCUCUGACCUUUCAACAGGCAGCAGCACGGGGUACCCAGACUUCCCCACAAGCCCGGCUUCAUGGCUUGAUGAAAUGGACCACUCCCAGUUCUGAGGUCAAAAGUUAAAGGUCAUAAUGGCAAGUGUGGUCCUGAGGACAUCAUUAUAUAGACAACUUUCCCCGAACUGGCAAUGUUUGUGUGACAAGGGUAUUCAGUAUGCACCGAUAUUAAUUCAAACAGCCGUCUUAAAUGUUGCCCACUUUAACAUGGCGGCAUGACUUUGGUCCUGCUGAAUGGCACACUUAUAUAACAACCGAGCAACCUGCCAUGGAAUGUCUGCGCUGUAUUAUAAUUUUGUAAUUCGUAUUUUUUUAUUUGUUCUCAAAACUGGAUUGGACGAUUUCCAGCAUGAAAUGACAUGCAGCUGAGAAUAGCAUUGAACUUCAAACCCCAAACCUCCCCCGUCAGCAAUACUGGGAAAAACAAUCAAGAUCAACCACGUUUUUCAGAAUGUAGGGUUUGUGCAUGUUUCUGAAUGAGGAAGAGAGCCGUCCACGUUAAGAACCUUUAAAAUGGCAACGCACUUUAUGUUCCUCCUCGACUGCACACGGCAGGCUGAACACAGGAAAGAGAGGAGUGCACCAAGCAAGGAGAGAUAUUUAAACAAGUGGCACAAGUGUAUCUUUCCUACUUACAAGGGUUUGGGAUUUUCAUGGUUUUUAAUGACUCUUCAUGACCCUUCAC